AUGGCCUCAUCAAAAUUUUUCUUGAUUUUCAUUUUGGCUGCAUUAAUUGCAACCCCUGUUGCAGUAGCCCAAUUAGGAGGACUUCUGGGUGGCCUUCUUGGCCCAAUAAGUAUAGGCGGGGUUCUAUUUUGUAGCCUUAACGGCAAAAUAGAUGUCCUCAAUGGAGCCACCACACCAAUUUUCCCUAAUGCAUCGGUGCAAUUGCGGUGUGGAGGUGGAAAUGUAGUAUCAAGUACAACAACAAAUGGAUCAGGAGCGUUUUCGCUCUUGUUGAAUCCUCUACAAAAUUUAUUAGUAUCAUCAUUGUUGUCUAACUGCAACAUAGUGAUUACAACUCCGCUCUCAACAUGUAAUGCUACCUUACCAUCCGUUGGGGUUCUGCAGGCACCUUUGCAGAUUGUUGGGGGAACUGCUGGUGGACUUCUUAAUAUAGCUACUGGUGUUUUUCAACUUAUUCCCCCACUCAAUUAAGUAAUUACUUACCCAAAAAUGGUACUCGUUUACGUGUUGUUUAAUUAAUUAAUGUUUCCUAGUGAUGCAUCAGCUAGUUAACGUUGAGGCUGAUUGCAUAAAUAAGGAUUGUUCCACUGUAAUUGUUUGAAUGUUUUCCUUUCUUGUUGGAGUACUGUUUGUCAUUAUACAAGUGCAAAUAAUAUUUGCAGU